AUGUGUAUGUGUGCGUGCGCAUGGACAACGGCCUCACACACACGUGUGUCCAUGUUUCUUGGCAGCUAUUGAUGACGAGUUGCGUCAGGCGCUGCUGCUGUCGCUGCAGGAAGACGCUGCACCGCCGGCCGCUGGUAGGCAGGCUGGCAGGGGAGGGAGGGAUGACGGAUGUGAGGUGAUGCACACGCUGUUCGUAUCUGUGUGUGUGUGCAGACGUCCCGAUGGAGCAGGCCAGCAGGAGGAGCAACCCGCUGCACCUGCCGCUGCCGCUGCUGCCGGUGCGCACACACACAUGCGCGGCACUCUCUCUCUCUCUCUCUCGCUCUCUCUCACGACGCUUUGCCUGUGUGUGUGUGUGUCAUUGGGUCGGCAGGAGCCUCAGCAACUGCUGCUGCAAGUGCUGGUGCUGGGUGCUUCCGCGUUCGUGGAGCGGGUACACACAGAAGCAGACAAGGAUGUCAUCCCGUCGAUCCUCUUUGUGUGUGUGUGUGUGUGUGUGUGCGUAAGGUCAGAUGUUGGGCAGCCUGGUGGGCGUCGACGUCAACGACCCCCGCAUCAGGGAGGCACUGCAGCAGGUACGCAACUGUCCAUGCUUCCAUAAGUGUGUGGUGAGAUGUGGUGUGCUGUGUGGUUAUGUGUGCAGCUGCAUGGUGGGCAGGGUGAGGGUCCGUCUGGUGCCGAGGGUGGCGACAAGAAAGACGACAGUGACAAGAAGCAGUGAGGGAGGGAUGGAUGUGUCGGGUGGGGCACACGGCUGGCUGGUUGCUGUCUUUGCACGUGUGUGAGGGCUGUCUGUCCAUCAUAGAUAGACCCAGACAAAAUCUUGAGCCUGUCUGUCUGUAUGGUUGUCUGUCCUUGCUUGACUUGCAACAUGGAAUGAUGCGUUACCUGAAAAGCUGUCAACCAACUGGGCAUUGCAAAGCACUUGCACAGAUGAGACAUGAGGAAGCGGC